AUGAAGCAAAAAUUGGGUGGAAGGGUGUCAAUCUCCAUCAAGGCCCAGCAUCCAGAACCCUCUCCGCUAACUAGAGCCAUUCAUGCCUGGCUUGCCUUACUCCACGGACAACCAAAAUCUUUAGGGAAAAAUAUCGCGUAUAUCCAACCCUUGAUCUCAUCAACUAUAAAACAAUCAAAGCCGUUGUAUAUUCCUCAUCCGUCCCAAAAAAAUUUGUUAUCUCUAUUUAUAGCUCUUGUGGCUCGCGACGUCCUUCUCGAGGUCUCUUUCUACCGUCGGUUGCUUCUUUCAAUUUGGUUGAAAUCUUCUGAUCGUUUGACGAGCUUCGUUUCAAUCAUGGCAUCGUCACUUGCUCGUCGCUUACACGAUUAUAAGAAUCGAUUUCUUCUCAGAGAUUUACUGAGAUCUGGAAAUAUCGUUCAGAUCGGUUUUGAAGAAUCCGGAAUUGUGGUUGGUAUUUCCGAGCAAGAACAACCUGCGAAAGGGUUUGCUGGAUAUUUUGUGAGCUUUUUAUUUAUCUAGUGAUUUAACUUUGUUCUGUUAUAUGGAUCUCUUUAUUGUAGAGGAUGAGAUAGUCAUUGUUCUGUCUAUCGAUAUCCUUAUUGUAGUCUGAUGAGCUAGACAUUGUUGUGAGUUGAAAGAAUUGAUGGUGAGGAAAAAUUGUGUGCUGAGAAGACAUAAGAUAGGUGAACAAUUUGUUGAGGGAAAAGAAAUAGAGUGAUUAUUUUUGGUGUUAUCUGACCUUUGCCAUGACAGGUGCGCUUGCAUGGCAGGUCAAAAACCCUAAUAAAAUUUUAAUUUUCUUGGUUUUUUAGGGGGAGAUGGCAUGGGAGAUAUAUAUUUUAUUUUUUCCCGGCUCUCCACCCUGUGUCUUGGCUUCAUU